AUGUCCUCUUUCGCUACAGUAAAAGACAUCGAUCACCUCGUCCUAACCUGCCACGACAUCCAAGCCACUAUAACAUGGUACACAAAGUACCUUGGCAUGAAAUCCGAAACAUUUGGCACCGAAGCAGCGCCUCGUCACGCUCUAAAGUUUGGCACGCACAAGAUCAACCUUCACCAGCGCGGUAAAGAAUUUGAACCAAAGGCUAGAACGGCUUUGCCAGGAACUGCUGAUUUGUGCUUUAUUCUUGAGGAGGGAACUGAUUUGCAAGAAUUGAUCACCGGUUUUGAGAAGGAGGGAAUUAAAGUCCUUGAGGGGGGAGAGGUUGUCCCCAGAACUGGUGCUAUGGGGGGAAUCAGGAGUAUUUAUGUUCGUGAUCCGGAUGGAAACUUGAUUGAGUUGUCUUACUACUCCUCUUGA